GUUUGGGUCAAGUAGGUCACAUGACCAAGGAGCUAUUGAAAUUCAAAUGUAAAAAGAGUUUGUACUUUGUUCACGCUCCCUAACUAAUUCAACUAAGAAUAAAAAAUGCUGCUCACAAUUUCCACAUGUUUAUUAGCUUUGGAAAGUGAAUUAAUGUCAAUCAUGAAAAUAGACCUGUGCAACGUCCUGCGCAAUUUUUCCAACAUAAUGACACUUAUUUGGAGCCUGUGGCUCAAGUCAAUAGCUUUCAAACUACAUUUGAAAGCGUGAAUAUCCGUUGAAUAUCCAACUUCAAACCUUCUUUACCUUGGUGUCCAAAAUACAAUAGUCGACUUCAGUUACUGCACUUUUAUGGCAGUUUCAAAACUGCAAUCUUUUUUUUGUAAGGGCAUUAAGGAUUCCAUCUUUAAAAGUCAGUUAAGAACUUGCCUUCUGCCUGUAAGAAGCCACCUCGCUGUGAAGGGGUUGCUGGAAGGGUUAGCUAGUGUUGUGGCAACCAGCUGGUUUUCCGAAAACAAGAUAAUGAAUUGAGAUGAAUCUGCCUGAAUCCUGCUUUGGCAAGAAUCAACAUGUCUGGUUGCAUGCACACACACACACACACACACUGCCCUGCCCAAUUCCCAGCAGUAUGUAUAUUCAUCACUUUUCAGGUAGAACAAAUUACCAGCAGUACUCCGGAGCUUUUUAUAACCUCUGUGAUCGAGACCUCAAUCACUAUCCUGUGACCAAUCAGAUCUGAGGCAGUGUUGCAUUGUUCUCUCAGUUUGGGAGACCACUGCUUGACAAUUCUGAGAUCCUUACCUUUGGAAUUCCGUGCAGGACAACAUGAUUUUGAAACAUUUGAAAUGUAUCUUGGUUCUACAAUACUUUAUUCGUUUCGUCGCAACAGAGAUUGCAGCUGAAAAAGCUCUCCCUGAGCCGCUCAACCUGUCAUUGACGUGGGAGUCUGAAUUCCGUAUAAAGCUGUCGUGGAACGCACCAAAUAAUUUAAAUGCAUCAUGCAAGGUGAACUACAUGAUCACUACAACGAUCGGAGAGAGGAGACCCAAAGUAGAGACAACUUUGAAGUUGUAUAAAGAGUAUAGACUCUCUACGGAAGAUGCAGUGAAUUACACAGUGCAAACAAACCCCAAACACUGUACAGGUAGAACCAUAAGCAAACCUGUCAGCAAAUCCAUCACUAAACCCACAGAGUUGGUGAAGAACUUCCAGUGUUCCCUCUACUCCUCUAAGGCCAUGAACUGCAGCUGGCUUCCAGUCAAUCAGGCCUCAGACCUCCAGCUCUACUAUGGAUACCUUGGUCCCUCCCACAUAGCAGCAUGCAGUGAGUACCAGUACAGAGAUGGUCAGAGGACAGGAUGUCACCUGAGAGGAUCCUUCCUUCAAUAUGACGUCUACUUCAAGGUCAAUGGGACUCUCGAUGGCUUAUCUGUACAGAAUAACUUCCUGGUGCUUCCUAGAUAUCAUGUCAAGCCCCCGGCCCCUAAGGUGAAGAUCACAGAGGAAGGUAGGAAUCUCAUCCUGAGCUGGGACCCUCCGGACAUAGGCGCUGUCCACUGCUGGAAUUUCAUCUUAAAAUACAACAAGUGUCAAGAGUCUCUGGGUAAGGAAAUACAAUUGGAACGUGUACCAGGGAAGGUUUCAUAUGACCAGAGAUGCCAGUACAGAGUCAAGCUUAAAGCAGUCUAUACGAAAUGGUGUGGGGAGGGAGGCAGCGACUGGAGCGAAGAGGAAAUCUAUGGCACAGAAAUAAGUUUAUCCCCAAGAUUCCCCCGAGGACCCUAACUGCACUGCUUAAGAGUGUCCGGAGUGGGAGCUCUGCAAUCGAUCAUAGAUCAGCACUCCAACUCUGAAACCACUCAUGACUGCAAUUUUUCCUCUCUCUAUACCUCUCUUUCCUUUCUUCUGUGCUGCUCAAGCAGCUCUGGAUUUCUGUGCUUCUCCACCCUAGCUUUUGAUGCAGCCUUCUUUCUUUUCUUAUCUGCCAAGACGUUUAUCUGCCAAGAUAACAAGAAGUUUAGAUUAAUCAGAUUGUUCUAGAUUAUUGCACAUCCACUAAAGGGGCAUUACACUCAAAAAAUGUAAAGUUUGGCACAUGUUUGCACAUCUCAAAAGUAGUCUUAUGUCUCAAAAGUAGACUUAAAAGGGAUAAAUCACCGAAAUUACAAACGUACAUUGGAUUCCUUACCCUGUAAGCAGUCAAUGGACAAGGCAAGACAGCAGUCCAUGCUUUGGUUUAUAGCACAAAACCACUGCAAGUGGAUAUCCCCGAUUUUUUUUAUAAGCAUAUUUCACAUUCCAUGUCCAAAUCAUCCCAGUGCCAAAAAUUGAUUGUCUAGCUCAAUAAAGUUAGUUUAAGAUGAUUUGGACAUGAAAUGUGAAAUAUGCUAAUAUCACAGAUAUUCAGUUAAAUUGGUUUUGUGCUAUCAAUGUUAAAAAGAUGGAGACCGUGACCAGGUAAACAAAACCCAAGCAAGGAUUGCUGUGUUCUCUUGUUAAUAGACUGCUUACAGGGUAAGGAAGCAAGCAGAAUACUACCCUGUACCCCACUGCUGGCUUGCCCCUGAAACUAAGCAGGGUUGGUCCUGAUCGGUCUCUGGAGACCAGAUACUGUUGGAAGUGGUGUCGGAGGGCCAGUAGGAUGCACUCUUUCCUCUUGUCUAAAAAUAUAUAUAUAUAUCCCAAUGCCCUGGGGCAGUGAUUGGGGACAUUGCUUUGUGUAGAUUGCUGUCUUUCAGAUGGGAUGUUAGAUGGGUGUCCUGACUCUCUGUGAUCACU